ACUCGUAACAUAAUGCCAAUAGAGGAGGAACGUACAGUAAUACCGGAUGUGCCGCGUGGUCCACUGUGCGCUUACCGUUCGAAGGCUCAGUUUAAUUGGAAAGACUUUAGGCUAGUGCUAGAGGAUAAGGAGCUCGUAAAAAUAAAAUACGACAUAUGGCGUCGAUUAGAAUCGGAACCACUGUUCGCUCCGGUGACGGCAACGCUUUCGGUCGAUCAGCAAAAAGAACGUGCCGCACGGCAGGUGAACCGUAUCGCCGAUCUCGAACUAGCUCCAGCGGAAAUCUACUCCAAACCGUACAAGUACCGGGUGCGUUAUUUGAUGAGCAUCAACGAGGCACUGCACGCGGUGUGUCCUAGUCUUUCGGUUAAGAUUGCGCUCGGUGUGGGACUGUUUACGAACUCGCUGCUUGCGAUGGGUACCGAGCGUCAUCAGGACAUCUACAAUCAAGCGUGGAACCGAGAGAUCAUCACAUGCCUAGCGAUUACGGAGGUCUCGCACGGUAGUAAUACGAAGCGAUGCCGCACCACAGCUACGUAUGAUCCAACCACACAGGAGUUUAUCAUCCACACGCCCGAUUUUGAGGCGGCCAAGUGUUGGGUCGGAAAUUUGGGUAAAACAGCCUCAAUGGCUUUACUGUUUGCCAUUCUCUACACCGCUGAUGGGGAAAAUCAUGGGCUGCAAGGUUUUCUAGUCCCGAUCCGCGAUCCAAAAACACUUCUUCCCUAUCCGGGUGUAACGGUGGGUGAUAUUGGUGAAAAGAUCGGUUUGAACGGGAUCGAUAACGGGUUUGUGAUGUUUAACAAUUAUCGGAUUCCGCGCGAGAAUUUACUUAACCGCACUGGCGAUGUAACGCCCGAAGGUGUUUACGAGAGUACGUUCAGUGAGCCGGGUAAAAUCUUGGGUGCGGUGCUGGAAUCCUUCUCGGCCGGAAGGUUGGGAAUCAUGCAGGAAUCGUCUAACACGCUGUCCCAUGCGGCCGUCAUUGCGGUGAGGUACGCAGCACUAAGAAAACAGUUCGGCACGGAUCGGAAUGGACCGGAGCAGUCGAUCAUCGAAUAUCAGUUGCAUCAAUGGCGCAUUUUCCCCUACCUAGCAGCAGCUUGCGUACUAAAGGUGUCAGUGUUCGCCAUGACCGAGAUCUAUCUGGAAACGGUACAGAAAUCUCAAGCCGAAUCUAACGGGUUCGAACUGCUAACGCAGAUCGUUUCCGAAAUACACGCGCUCGUGUCCUCCUCGAAGCCUCUCGUCACCUGGACGGCUCGUGAUGCGAUACAAGAGUCGCGUGAAGCUUGCGGUGGUCACGGGUAUCUGCGGGCGGCUAAUUUGGGCGAACUGCGCAACAAUCACGACCCGAGCUGUACUUACGAAGGUGACAAUAAUGUGCUGGGUCAGCAGGCUUCGAACUGGCUCAUCCGCCAGUGGAAGAAUGCAAAGGUGGAGAGUCCGGUUGGGACGGCUAGUUUUAUCACUCGCCGAGAUGCGAUACUGAGCAGUGAUUUUGAGACGUUAGUGCGAAAGGGAGUUCCCAUCGAAAGUGCGGAAUUUGUUAGCCAGUGUUACGAGUGGUUGAUGUGUUGGUUGCUUAAGCAAAGUGUGGCACAGAUGGAGGAAGCGAGCAAGAUUGGGAUGGACACGUUUACGGCACGCAAUAAUUGCCAGGUUUAUCGUGCGAGGGAUCUAAGCCGUGCGUACGCAGAAUACUACGCAUUGGAGAGUUUCAGAUCCCGAUGUGCACGAGGCGAUGUAAAAGAUGACCUACGACCCGUACUCUUCCGUGUGUAUUUAGUGUACGGUAUGUGGUGUCUCGAUCGACACAUGACCACAUUCUACGCCGGAUCGUUCGCCAAUGGCUCCCAGUUUGCCGAUACGGUACGUGGCACACUGCUGCGAAUCUGUGGCGAACUAAAGGAUUCAGCGGUGGCCAUUGCCGAUGCACUAGCACCACCCGACUGGGUACUCAACUCGGUAAUCGCCAAAUCCGACGGACGAUUGUACGAGAACAUCCAAUCGGUGUUUAUGACCAAUCCGGGUGCUCUCGAACGAGCCUCCUGGUGGAAGGAUGUGAUACCAUCGAAGCUGAAAAGCAAAUUGUAA